AUGACUUCUACCGAUUCCUACAUUGCCAUUCCGGGCUCGGUGGCGUUCUCCCGCUCUCGCGGACAUGCCAUUGCUGCGAGCCUGGGUGUCAAGGAUGUCCGGGCCCAGUGGGUUCACUAUGUGCAUACUUCUCAACCUCUCAAUGACUCGCAGCGUGCUGUUCUCGAGCAGCUCCUGCAAUACGGCGACAUCACCGAUAUUCCCCCCACCUUCAACUCCACCGACGGUCAAUCCGAUACCUUCUACAUUUUCCCCCGAACCGGAACUAUCUCGCCCUGGAGCUCUCAAGCCACCGGAAUUGCCCAGGUCUGUGGUCUGCGUCAAUGUGUUUUGCGCAUCGAGCGGGGCUUGAAGAUCUCGUGCCUUCGCGAUGGAGCUCAAGACUACAAAGACGGGUACAAGGAUCUCCUGCAUGACCGCAUGACCCAGAUCAUCAGCGAUGAGGAGCCUGACCUGCAAUUGAUGUUCUCUGAGCAUGAUAUGCAACCCCUCAAGACUAUCUCCUUGCAAGGCGGUGAUAAGUCUCCCAAGGAAAUCCUCCAGGAGGCUAACAAGGAGUUGGGUCUUGCACUGGAUGAGUCUGAGAUUGAGUACUUGGCUGAGGCAUAUGGCCCGAAUGGUGCUAUUGCCCGCGAUCCCACCGAUGUCGAGUUGUUCAUGUUCGCCCAGGUCAACUCAGAGCACUGUCGUCACAAGCAGUUCAAUGCCUCGUGGGUCAUUGAUGGCAAGCAAAUGCCCAACAGCCUUUUUGCCAUGAUCCGCAACACCCACAAGAAGCACCCUGAGCACACUAUCAGUGCCUACAGCGAUAACUCUGCUGUCCUGGAAGGUUCUGAGGGUGCUUUCUGGGCCCCCGACCCGACCACUGGAGAGUGGACCCACACCAAGGAAGUUGUUCACUUCCUCGCCAAGGUCGAAACCCACAACCACCCUACUGCUGUGUCUCCCUACCCAGGUGCUGCUACCGGUGCUGGUGGAGAGAUCCGUGAUGAGGGAGCUACUGGUCGUGGAUCUCGCCCAAAGGCCGGUUUGUCAGGUUUCUGUGUGUCUGACCUCUUGAUCCCCGGCUUCAAGCAACCCUGGGAACUUGAUGUCGGCAGGCCCAACCACAUCGCAAGCAGCUUGGAUAUCAUGCUGGAGGCUCCUAUUGGUAGCGCUGCUUACAACAACGAGUUCGGUCGCCCUUGCACCGGUGGUUACUUCCGCACACUUCUCACUGAGAUUGAUAUUGGAAAUGGCCAGAAGGAAGUGCGCGGAUACCACAAGCCCAUCAUGAUUGCUGGUGGUGUCGGCACUGUUCGUCCUCAGCACGCAUUGAAGAACCCUGAUAUCGUCAAGCCUGGUUCUUUCCUUGUUGUCUUGGGUGGCCCUGCCAUGCUUAUUGGUCUUGGAGGUGGUGCUGCCUCCAGUAUCACUUCCGGUGAGGGUUCCGCCGACCUUGACUUUGCCAGUGUUCAGCGAGGAAACGCUGAGGUCCAGCGCAGAGCUCAGGAAGUCAUUAACGCCUGUGUUGCAAUGGGCGACCACAACCCCAUCAAGUUCAUUCACGACGUUGGUGCUGGUGGUCUGUCUAACGCCCUUCCUGAGCUGAUCCACGAUUCCGGUCUUGGAGCUAAGUUCGAGCUGCGUGAGGUUGAUAGCACUGACAAGAGCAUGAGCCCCAUGCAAAUCUGGUGCUGCGAAGCCCAGGAACGUUACGUUCUCGCCGUUGGUGAGGAUAGCAUGAACAAGUUCACUGCUAUUGCUCAGCGCGAACGCUGCGGUUUCUCCGUUGUUGGCCGUGGCGGUGGUGAGACUGAGGAGGACAAGAGACUCAUCCUUCUUGAUCGUGAUUCUAAGGAAUACCCAUCUCCCAUCGACCUGCCCUUGUCUGUGUUGUUUGGCAAGCCUCCUCGCAUGACCCGAACCGUCGACUCGCGCAAACUUACUUUGCCCGCCGUCGAUUCCAGUCUCACCAAGUAUUUGCCUUCGCUCUCUACCAAGGUGGAGCUGGUAAACGAGGCCGUCAACAGAGUUCUGUCUCUGCCUGCCGUUGGCUCCAAGUCUUUCUUGAUCACAAUUGGUGACCGCACUGUCGGUGGUCUUACUGCCCGUGAUCAGAUGGUCGGCCAGUGGCAGACUCCCGUCGCCGAUGUUUCGGUUACUGCCACCUCUUUGCUCCAGGGUGUGAAGACUGGUGAGGCCAUGGCCAUGGGUGAGAAGCCUACUUUGGCAUUGAUCUCUCCUGCUGCUUCCGCCCGUAUGGCCGUUGCUGAGUCCCUGAUGAACCUUGCUGCCGCUGAUCUGGUUGACCGUCUCAGCCAAGUCAAGUUGUCUGCCAACUGGAUGUCCGCCAGCAGCCACCCCGGUGAGGGCGCAGCUAUCUAUGAGGCCGUUGAGGCUAUUGGUUUGGAGCUUUGCCCCAAGCUUGGUAUCAGUAUUCCCGUUGGAAAGGACUCCAUGUCCAUGAAGAUGAAGUGGAAGGACGAAGCCUCAAAUGAGGCCAAGGAGGUCACAGCGCCUAUGUCGCUCGUCGUCUCUUCCUUCGCUCCUGUCGGCGAUUUCCGCAAGACCUGGACCCCCGCUCUCCGCAGCUAUGAGGAGGUCGGUGAGACUGUUCUCAUGUUUGUUGAUCUUGCCUUCGGUCGCAAGGCCCUUGGUGGCUCGGCUCUUGCUCAGGUCUUCAACGAAGUCGGUUCUGAGUGCCCUGACAUCCGCAAUGUCGAGAUCUUCCGUGACUACUUCGAUGCGACCCAACAGCUUCAGGAGGCUGGCAUUGUUCUUGCCUACCACGACCGUUCCGAUGGUGGUCUUUUCACCACUCUCGCUGAGAUGAUGUUCGCCGGUCGCUGUGGUGUUGAGAUCAUGACCGACAACUACGCCGCGUCCUUCAACACCCCUGAUGUUGUCGACGCACUCUUCAACGAGGAGCUUGGUGCCGUCUUCCAGGUUCGCAAGGAGCACGAGAUUCAAUUCCGUUCCUGCUUCGCCACCUGUGGCCCCCCCGCCGGCCUGAUUCACAAGAUCGGUCGCGUUUCUGAGAAGAAGAAGCAGGACUUGGUCAUCUACCACAAGGCUUCUCUCAUCUACCGCAACAAUCGCGCAAGCCUCCAGCAGACCUGGGCGAAGACUUCCUACCAAUUGCAGAAGAUCCGUGACAACGCCGAGUGUGCUGAGCAAGAGUUCGAGAACAUCUUGGACAAUGCCAACCCCGGUCUGUCCUGGAACCCCACCUUCGACCCCAAGGACCGUGGUUUGCCCUUCAUGACCAGCCUUUCCCAGUACUCGCCCUUCACCAACAAGCCUCGCGUUGCCAUUCUGCGUGAGCAGGGUGUUAACAGUCAGGCUGAGAUGGCCUUCGCCUUCCAGACUGCCGGCUUCUCCGCCGUGGAUGUUCACAUGACCGACAUCAUCUCUGGUCGCGUUUCUCUGGCCAGCUUCGCCGGUCUUGCCGCCUGUGGUGGUUUCUCAUACGGUGAUGUUCUGGGUGCCGGUCAAGGUUGGGCCAAGUCUGUCCUCCUGCACGAGAACACCCGUAAAGAAUUCCAGGCCUUCUUCGAGCGCCCCGAUACCUUCGCUCUUGGUGUCUGCAACGGUUGUCAGUUCCUGUCUCGCGUUAAGGCGCUGAUCCCCGGCACUGCCAACUGGCCCAGCUUCGAGCGCAACACCAGCGAGCAAUACGAGGGCCGUGUCUGCAUGGUUCGCGUGUCUGACCCUGACCCAUCCAACCCUAGUGUCUUCUUCCACGGUAUGGACGGCUCUUCGUUCCCCAUUGCCGUUGCCCACGGCGAGGGACGUGCCUCAUUCGCCGGCACCCCCGGCACCACUGCCGCUGACUUCGUCCGUGAGGGCCUUGCCCCUGUCCGCUUCGUUGACAACGGCUCCCUCAAGCCCACCACCCGCUACCCCUUCAACCCCAACGGUAGUCCCGAGGGUAUCGCCGGUGUGCGCAGUCCUGACGGCCGUGUCCUGGCUAUCAUGCCUCACCCUGAGCGUACUGUUAUGAACGGAAUUGCCAGCUGGUUGCCUCAGGAGGCUGAGAACUGGGGUGAGAUUGGUCCUUGGGGACGUAUCUUCUUCAGUGCUAGACGCUGGGUCGGUUAG